AUGUCCAACUCGAGCUCGUCCGCGAGCUACAAGCACCAGAAGGAGGCAUUCGUCUCGGGUCACAGCGGCGGGUCUGUCGCCGAGAUUUGCUCCGUGAUAGGUGUUGCGCCAGUCGCCAUCACCCUCUGGUCCGUCUUGCAGGCGCGCCAGUCCUUCUUCCAGCCCUACACCCCUCUCGCCUUCGCCGUCGACUUUCUUCUCAACGUGUGCGCCGUGCUUCUGGCCACCACGCUCUACUCCGACACCUCGCUCCUCCUGAGCCUGCUGCUGGCCGCCCCGGCCCUUGUCAUCUUUGCGCUCCCGCCUAGCCCUUCCUCCUCUCCCUCCUCGUCCUUCUCCUCCCGCCCCCGGAAGAGGCCCAAGGUGCCGCCCAAUGCCGAGUCCAGAAAGGCCGCGGCCCAAGGGGGCGCCGACGCGCUGCCCUUCAAGGCCUUCCUGACCAACUACCGCGGCAGCAUGAUGGUGGCCACCUGCCUGGCCAUCCUGGCCGUCGACUUCCGCCUCUUCCCCAGGCGCUUCGCAAAGGUCGAGACCUGGGGCACCUCGCUGAUGGAUAUGGGCGUGGGCUCCUUUGUCUACUCGGGCGGUCUCGUCGCCGCCCGCCCCGUGCUCAAGGAGCAGCUCGCCGGCGGCGGCCGCGGCGGCAGCCGCACCACUACCACCACCCCGCUCGCCCAGCGCAUGCUCUGGUCCGUGCGCCACUCGCUGCCACUCUUCGCCCUCGGCGUCGUGCGCCUGCUCAGCGUCAAGGGCCUGGACUACGCCGAGCACGUGACCGAGUACGGCGUGCACUGGAACUUCUUCUUUACCCUCGGCCUGCUGCCGCCCUCGGUGGCCGCCGCCCAGUCGGCCCUGCGCCUGGUGCCGUCCUUUGCGGGGCUGGCGCUGCUGCUGGCCGUCGUCUACCAGGUGCUGCUGGAGAGCACGGAUCUCAAGGCCUUCAUCCUGGCCGCCCCGCGCACCGAUCUCAUCUCGAUGAACCGCGAGGGAAUCUUUAGCUUCCUCGGCUACCUGGCCAUCUUCCUGGCCGGCAUGGACGCCGGCAUCAAGGUGCUCCCGCGCAGCCCCGGCCGCCGGCCCCUGCUGGUCAAGCUGGUCUCCAGCACGGUCUUCUGGUCCGCCUUGUACAUGUUUGCCACGAGCUACAGCUGGGGCGCGUCCCUGUCGGUGUCGCGGCGCAUGGCGAACCUGCCGUACGUGCUGUGGGUGGCGUGGUUCAACUCGGCCACCAUCCUGGCCUUUUACCUGGCCGAGAGCCUCUUCUUCACCCCGCGCGCAGGCAGCACAGGUGCGGCGGCGGCGGCGGUGGACCCGAGGGUCGAGAAGGAGACUUACAUGGCCGCCAGCAGCCGCGUGCUGCGGGCCAUCAACCGCAACGGCCUCGCCGUCUUCCUCGUCGCGAACUUGCUGACGGGCCUGGUCAACAUGACGGUGCCGACGCUGGAUGUUGGGCCGGCGGCUACGAUGGGGAUACUGGUGGGCUAUGCCGCCACGUUUACGGGGGUCGCGGUGGGCCUGGACAUGUACAACAUAUCGAUCAAGCUCUAG